UGCGCCUCAGUUGAGUUUUUGUUGCGGACGAGUUAAGAUCAUAGAAAAGGCAAAAAUAUGUUGAAAAUCCGUAGUGGAAUUGCCGUAGCUCACAAGCAAGUGGCGGCCGUCUCUUUCAGUGGACAGCAGCGCCGGCAGACCACAGCUGCUGCAGCUCUAACCCGAGACGAUGCAGAGUGGCAGCAGGCGCGUCCCUUCAGGCAGGUGUCUCGGGCCAAUUUGAUUUCUCUGAUUCCCAAAAUGUUCAUGCCAGGGGGUAAAUAUAAGAACAAGGACCUUGCGGAGUUGAUAAUGGCCAUGCGCGAAGACUAUGGCAGCAUUCAUGUUGUGCCAGGCAUCAUGGGAGGACCUCCCAUGUUGAGUACACACAAUCCCAAGGACUUCGAGGUAGUAUUCCGGCACGAGGGCACGUGGCCAAAUCGGCCUGGCGCCGACGCUCUUUUGUACCAUCGGCAGACGCACUGA